AUGAACCCCCAUCAAGUUAACCCCAGUGAUCAGAUAGCAGAACUGGUAGUGGAGUCUCCCCAUUUUUCGUUCAACUGCGCACACUUUAUUGCGUUUAAAGGAUUCAGAGAAACAUUGCAUGGUCAUAAUUAUAAUGUGUCCUUAAAACUAAGGGGAUAUAUACAACAAGAUGGAUAUGUAAUCGACUUCUCCAUUUUGAAAGAAAAACUUAAAAGGGUUUGCAAACAGUUGGAUCAUCAUUUCAUUCUGCCAAUGUAUAGUGAUGUUCUAAACAUACAAAUGUUGGAGGAUAAUUUCAAAAUUAUAUGUGAAGAUAAAUCCGAAUAUUCCUUUCCCAAAAGAGACUGUGUGCAAAUUCCUAUCAAGCAUUCCUCCACAGAAGAAAUAGGGCUCUAUAUUUUAAACAAAAUAAUAGAGGAAUUAGGCUUGCCAUUUUUAAAGGCACGCAGUGUUAACUACAUGGAGGUAACCGUGAGUGAAUCCCCAACGCAAAAGGCAACGGUUCACAGGAACAUUUGA